UUCAUUCAGCAUCACACUCCCGGCAGAGCCAAUCGAUGCCUAACUGAGGAACUUACGGAGGCAUUGAUUGGCUGCAAGACUUCCAUAUAACGAGCAGUCGACAGAACGUUGGAUCUAUAAAAUACGCUCACACGAAUGUGAAAUGGCUCUCGAAGAAAUUCAGUCACAACUUGGAGGAAAAUGGAAACUCGAUAGGAGUGAAAAUUUUGACGAAUUUUUAAAAGAGUUAGGUCUCAAUGUGGUUUUCCGUAAAAUGGCAGGGGCUGCGAAACCCGUGAUUGAAAUCAAGAUUGAAAACGACACGGUUAAUAUAGUCUCAAAAGUCAGUUUCUUCAAUCAAGUCAUCUCUUUUAAGCUGGACGAGCCCUACCAACAGAAUUACGAGGGACUAGAAAUGAAUUGUAUGUCUAGAUGGGAGAACGGCAAAAUAAUAACAGAAGCAAAUCCGGUUGCGGAGGGAAAAGGAAAGGCUCAGAAAUUCGUGAGAGAAAUAAGUAACGACGAACUAAUUCAGACUAUGUAUGUUGGAGAUGUAAAAUGUACUAGAGUCUUCAAGAGAACCUCAGAGUGAAAAGAAGGGGGCCCAAUCAUACAAUUCUGUAUUGAAUCACUGCAUUUGCUUUAAGCUAUUGUCUAUAAGCAUGGUACAGUGUCGAACAAAAUUAAGUCGAUAAAAUGAGAGGAUGGCGAGUGCUUUUUGCGUAUUCGUUCCUUUGUAGUCAUUCUUUAGUAUUAAGGUACCUCACUACACACAGACUCUUACUUUUUAAAACACUACGUCACAAGAUGGCGAUUUAAAUGUUUUUUAAUUUUUUUUUUAUAUCUUUCGAUUCGGUUGUAUAUCGUCGUAGCUAAGUGGUUAAAGUAUUGGGCUUCUGGAACCACAAAUCAUGAGUUCGAAUCCGACUGGAGCUUUUGCUCAUGUUUACUGAAUUAAAUAUUCGAAAAUGUAAUUUUUCAUCCAAAAUUGCACAUUUUUUUGCUUAUUUGAUUUAAAUACUUUUUAUCCAUUAUGACUCUCAUAAUCAAGUAAUUUUCUGCUGAUUUGAGAAAAUAUUUCAAGGUGUAAUGAGCCACCUUAAGUCUUUUCUGAAGUAACUGUUAUGUUUGAUUCCAUCAAUACCUUACUCCCUUUAACAAAUUGGUACAAGUUGAAACUAAAGCGCCUUUAACAAGAAUAAAACAUGUCUCUUUUAAGAAAAUAUUUUAUUGCUAUGUUGAAUUCUUUGAACUGCUUGUCUUGUGCAUAAAGAUUUUUUUAGUAUAGACCAUGGGAAGAAGUGUUCAAUUUUAGCUGUUGAAAUUUAACACCCCACCCGUGAUAAAUGUGUAUUUUGUUGAUAUUUGUUCAUUUUUACAAUUUCGAAUGUACAAGAUAACAAUUGAACUCUUUUACCAGAGAAGUUGUUUCUGUUUUUACAUUCCAGAAUAUAUUGUCCUCUAUCAGACAUAGAAGCCAAAAUUGUUUAACCCAGCUUGCGUACAUGUCUGUAUGAACUGUUAAUAUAGCGGCGUUUUGCUGCUUUUAGCAUUAAAUAUCGCAUCGAUGUGUUGCUUUAUUUUCCAGUUGUUAUUUUACGACAAUAAAGUUACACCACUAAAUGUCA